UCAAGUUUGUUUGGGAAGUUAGUAUCUGUGGUGUUGGCACUGUGGUACACUGAUGGCAAAGUAAUGAAUUCUAUGUUUUACAACAAGGAUUAAAUAGUUAUCAAGACUAAUUUAAUGAUCAUUAUUUCUGUAUCUAGGAUAAUGAAGAGAUCCUUGCUGAACUGUACGUACUUGAACGCGUUUCUGGCCACGACAACUUCCCUGCCUUUUAUGGAGCCUUUUAUCUACGGCCCAGCAUUUCAAAUGAAGAGGCGCUAUGGAUUGCUAUGACAAUGUGUGCUGGUGGCUCCGUAGACACCUUAAUUAGGAGCACGCCCAAUAGAUCCUUGGAUGAGACCUGGAUUUCAUACAUAUGCAAGAAAGUUUUACAGGGCCUGGAUUACUUACAGGAACUGAACGUGAUACAUCAUGAUCUCAAGGGCGCCAAUAUAAUGUUAACUUCUACGGCCCGUGUGAAGAUAAUUGAUUUUGGCCUUGCCACAAUAGGGCCCAUCAGUACAAGUAAUGCAGGAACCCGCUGUUGGAUGGCACCUGAAGUCCAUGCAUGUUUUACAAGAAGUGUACAUUAUAACUACAAGGUGGAUGUGUGGUCUUUAGGAAUCACAGCCAUAGAAAUGGCAGAAUACGAUCCUCCACACAUUAAACUCCGUGGUGCUGAGCUUUCCGAAAGGAUUAUGAAUGGUCCAGCUCCAGCUCUAAAAGAGGAUAUAUGGAGUAAUAAAUUCCAGAGAUUUCUUUAUAAAUGUCUUCAGAAGGAUCCAGCCAAAAGACCAUUCGCAAAGGAACUCCUAUUAAACCGAUUCAUCACAUAUAAUCGAGAUGAAGACGAGGUGCAAUAUAGCAUAGCGGAGCAUAUACAGAAAGGUAAUGCAAAUGACUCAUAUUCUCUACAAUCAAAAAGCAAUUACUGGGAAAUCUUUAAUGUCUAUGUGGUUAUUCAAGGCUUUAUACUUAGUUGCUACACUUGA